AUGACAGCAGCAGCAGGCACCCACCACCUCCGCCAACGCGAGUUUGUGCACCUCGCCGACAUCAAGCCCCGCUCCUCCGGCCACAUCGCCUGGGAGCGUCGUCGCCACCGCCAGGCGCACUGGCUGGUCGAGUGCCUCGCCGAGUUCAUGGGCGUCUUCUUCUACGUCUAUGCCGGCGUUGGUUCCACGGCCUCCUAUCUGCUGGCGAAUACCGCCCAAUUGAAUGGCCUGGGUUCCCUGUUCCAGAUCGGCACUGCGUACGCAUUCGGUAUCUUGUUUGCCCUCAUCGUGUGCGCGCCCACAUCGGGCGGGCACUUCAACCCCGCGAUGACGAUCGCCUUCACGCUCAUGGGGCGCUGCACCUGGAAGAAAGCACUCCGCUACUUCGUAGCCCAGAUUCUAGGCGCAUACGUCGCGUGCCUUCUCAUCUACGUGCAAUGGCACGAUCUGAUCGAGGAGGCCUCCGAAAUCCUCGCGGCCGCGGGCAAGCUCGACGCCGUGAUGUUUACGGCCAACGGCCCCGCAGGUGUUUUCGCGCUCUACGUUCCCCCCGGCACCAACCUCGGCCGUGUCUUCCUGAACGAAUUCGUCUGUGACUUCAUCAUCGGCCUCGUCAUCUGGUCAUGCAUGGACCCCACCAACUUCGGGGCGUCGCCCGUCUCCGCGCCAUGGAUCGUCGCCUUUGCCUACGCUGUCGUCGUAUGGGGUUACUCGCCCGUAGGAGUCGCGACCAACGCUGCUCGUGACGUCGGCUCGCGCCUUAUGGCCAUGACCAUCUGGGGCAUGCCCGCGAGCGGCGGCUCGUACGCCGCGAUCGCCGCGCUCACUAACAUCCCCGCCACCCUCCUCGCGGCGGUCUUCUACGAGGUCGUCCUCGCGGACUCUAGCCGCGUGGUCACCCCGGCGCACGUGGACUACCUCUCGGGCCACCUCGCGCACGAGGAGCACAGCCAGGGCAUCGUGCGUGGCGGCUCCGUCAGCCCCGGCCUUGACGAGAAGUCGCGCGAGCAGACGAUCGAGCACGUCUGA